ACCAUCUUCAACCUUGUAAACAAGAUUCUCUUCAAUUUUCUUUUCUUUUUUUCUCUCUCUCCUCUGAAUCCCAAAGUCCAAAUUCGAAAGCGCAAAGAUAGGGCAAAAAAGAAUUUGUUUGUUAGGGUUUAUCAAAGAUGGAAAAAGAGCUUCUCGAGUUGUUUGAUUCUGCAAAGAAAGCGGCUGAUGCAGCUGCGGGAGAUGAAGUUUCCACGGGUGGAGCUGAGGAAACGAGAUGCAUUGAGGCAUUGAAAGAGUUGAAGAAAUUUCCUGUUACCAUGCAAGUUCUUGUUGCAACCCAGGUUGGAAAACGUCUUCGCCAUCUGACAAAGCAUCCAAAAGAGAAGAUCCAGGCUGUAGCUACUGACCUGCUUAAUAUCUGGAAGAAAAUAGUCAUGGAGGAAACUGCCAGGAAUAAGAAAAAUGGAAGCAUAGAAACUAAAACGCCCCAGAAGAUUCAAAUUACAAAGUCAGAGUCAUUUAAAGUUGAGAAGGUUGAUAAGUCGGGUUCCAUGAAUGUUGAAAAAGUCUCAAGAUCUGAAACUACAAAGGUGGAGAAAACUGAUCAUGGCGAGAAGAUAAGCUCUGCAAAGGUUUCUAGAUCAGAAACUGUGAAGAUGGAAAUAAAGAAUGAUUUUCCUAGGGUUGAGAAGUCUAAUGGUAUCAAGCAGGCCCCCUCACCUGCUCCUCCAAAGUUUACUUCAAUAGUUAAAUGCAAUGAUGCAGUGCGUGACAAGCUCCGGGAACUUCUUGCAGAGGCUCUGUCCAAAGUUCACACCGAGGCUAAUGGAGAUAUUUUGGAUAAAGUGAAUAUGUGUGACCCAAUCCGUGUUGCUGUCUCUGUGGAGUCUGUACUUUUUGAAAAAUGGGGACGGUCGAAUGGGGCUCAGAAGUUCAAAUACAGAUCUAUAAUGUUCAAUAUCAAGGAUCCUAAAAACCCUGAUUUCAGAAGAAGAGUCCUUAUUGGAGUGAUCAAGCCAGAGAGUCUUAUUAGUAUGACUCCUGAAGAAAUGGCAAGUGAUCAAAGGAAGGAGGAGACUAAUCAAAUCAAAGAGAAAGCACUAUUUGAAUGUGAACGCUCAGGCGCAGCUAAAGCCACAACUGAUCAGUUCAAGUGUGGUCGGUGUCAGCAGAGGAAGACCACUUACUAUCAGAUGCAGACUCGGAGUGCAGAUGAACCUAUGACGACUUACGUAACAUGUGUAAACUGCAACAACCACUGGAAGUUUUGUUAGUUGUCCUUCUCUUUAGGGCAGCUGCAUCCUUAUGUGAUCAAUCACCUGAGAUGAUGAACUAUGGAGUCCCAUCCUUCUCGUAUUUUUGAUGCAACAUUUGUUAAUUGAGACCUUGAUCUUCAUAUGAAAGAUCCUUUUCUGUACCAUUCUAAUGUAAGUUAGGUUAACUUGUUUUUAGAUUGUUUUAGGUAUUUGUCAUGUGCUUGUGUUGAACCAAUGAAAUACCAUUUUAUUGCGAAACAUAAGUCUGCCACUUUUGUUUUGUUUAUUUAA